AAACAAUUCUCCGGCAAUUAGCCAACGAAGUAAUGGAAAACCCUACACAACUGACAUUAGAAUUAGGUGAUCAACUCGAUUUUUCACCCUCACAAUUAUCGAAUACUCCUUUAGUAUUUCCAGAAGAAUCACCAAUAAUAAUUAAUAAAUCACAACAAGAAAAAGAAUGA